AUGGUCCUUUUCCUGCCAAAUCCUUUAGUAUAUAAUUCAUCCAUAACGACGAAAAAUUCAGGGAUACCAUUGAAUGUUUCACAACAAGUGUCUGGAGUGAGUCAGGCACUGCAUAAUGAUUCGAUUCAGAAACUGUUCGAGCUUGAAUACCAAGAUCAAUCAAAGAACCAAGAAAACAACGUGUCUGACCCGAUGAUGGUCGACGAGAAGGAGAGCGACAGGAGUCUGUGGGAGAGCCUUUGGAGACAUUAUGUUCCAGCUGAUGCAACAAACGGGACGAAAGAAGUCCCAAUUGAGGAGAGACAACGACUUUGGCAACCAUUGCUGGAUUCGAAUGAAGCAACUCAAUUCGCAAUGUCUGAUCUAUAUGCCGCAUUUCCGCUUCCCCAAGGCGACACAGUGCAACGUUACAAUGAAGAUGCCUACAGAAGACUCAUUUCGAGCAUACUGCAGGCACAGAAAGAAGGUCGCAAUUUUACAAUCGUAGCUAGCGGUGGCUCAUCAACGGCAGGGGGUGCGAAACCCGCCAUAUCACAGGAAGAUCGUUACUACUCCAAGUUUGCUGAAUACUUGAAUGUCCUACUUGCGAGCAACCAGAUGCAACAUGUUCCACCAAUCAUCCAGUGGGUAGGACAAGGGCAUGGGUUUAGAAAUUCACUCCAUACAGCAAUCUUUUUUGAAAAUUUCAUCCCUGCCGAUACUGACUUGCUAAUCUGGGAAUUCUCCAUCAACGACGUUACCCUGUCUAUAGUGGACCACGAUUUGAUUAUGACGAUUGCCAAGGACAACUUCCUUGCGCGGUUAACUCAGGUGAAAAUGAUGAAGCGACCGCCAAAGGUCUUGUUGAUCUACAAGUGGGAGAAUAUGUUUCCUCAUGACGAGAAAACCAACAAUGUCAUAUCUCGCGCUUUUGAUGCACAUGGGACAGUCGCACGAAAGUUUGACUUUGUCGUCGGACAUGUUCACAUGGGAAGCUACAUUGAUAAACUCAAAAUGCCAGAAUGUAAUGAAUACGAAAGCUGUCCGUUCUUGGCUGACUACACUCAUAUCAAUAAGUUAGGGCAUUUGGCAACCGCCUUUCUACUCCUCAACCUUAUGGACCCGCGUCGCCUUGACAGCAGUUCAGAUCCAAACGAAAGUAAUCUUGAUAGUGCGAACUACGAAUGGGAUUGUGGCGAGGAGACGGAAGUGAAACGAGUUUUGAAACAGACAAUGACGACUUCAAAUAAUUUCACCACCGAAUGGAGACCCCCACUCGGUGCAUGGACGUCGGAAUUACCAAUAUUUAACCAAGUUACUCAAAGAAGCCUUCAGACUGGUUCAAGGAUGGGGAAGUUUAAUCUUAUCGGGAAACAGGACCCGCUUAGAGAGGACCGACAGAGGGCUACACCUCUCUAUAAGUGCAAUGUCAAUGAAUCAAGCUCGUUUUCACUUAGAGCACCACUCGAGCCGAUGAGAAAUGUCCGUCUUGUUUUGUUGACCGUUCGGAUCCGGCCAGUCCUGAAUACAAAGGGUAUAGAUUUUCGUCUCAACCGGUCUAACAUUACAACCAAAGGGGAACUUGUACCGCUACGGGCCUAUAUCCGAUCAAGCAUUAUGGACAACGAGUGGCGCUGUGGCCUUGUCGUUCCAUGGGGUGAUACGGUCGACAUUUAUGUGUACAUCUUUGAAGAACCACAACAAUUGGUUCAUUCCAUCGAGCUGUGUACACCGAAAAAGUUCACUAGGAGGCCGCAGGUUCAAUCGCUAGCAUUCUGGUGA